UGGAUGGCUUGGAGUUUGGAGUAGUACACAGAGAGAGAUAGUAAAAUUUGUUUGUGUUUGUCAUCGCGUGCUGUUCUUUUUAUAACAAAAUAUUUAGAACAAACCAAAACAUAGUUUAAGUCGUUGAAGUAUGGAGGACAGCGGCAUAGAUAGUGAGGAUAGACAAUCAAAUAUAUAUGAGGAUGGUGCAGCGGGUUUGCUGAAAACAGCCAGUGGAGCGCCCAAACAUAUGUCGGAUCUGGAGUUUGAGGUGGCAUUUAGGGGUGCCAGCAAGGUAUAUGCGCCGACGACCAUUGAAAUCGAUGAAGAUAGGGCUGCCCGAGGGACGGAGCGCAACGAACCGCCAAACACCUGCCGCAUACUGCAACGUAAGCUAGAACUGAAGGUCGAGCGUGCCAGGCGCAAUUAUACCCAGUUUCAGGAGGAGCAGGCAAUUAAAACACAAGCGGCAACACUAAUACCUAUUAAUCGUUUGCCCAUUCCGGGCGAACAGGAGCAAAAGCCGCUGGUCGAUUAUAAGUCUGAGAGCAGCGAUGAGGCGGAGGAGAUAUCCUUCUUUCCUGCACAGCUAAGGCGUGCCAAACGACGUCAGCAGAACCACGAACUUACCGACACUUUUAGCAUACAGGAGAUGACCAUCGAGUCGGAUCUGGACUCCGAUGACAGCGGCGGCACGCAGAAUCUGGAACUACUCUUGCCCUCCAUGAAAUCAAAUAUUUUGGAUAAGUUGAAGAGCUGUUUUGGCUGCUGCCGGCGCAGGUAAUGCCAGGAGAUGCGGCACAGCAAGAGACCGUCAAGGCACAAAUCACGAUAUUGAAAGGCACUAGAACUUCACUUGUAGACACAAUAUACAUAGCGUACAUUAAUAAUUGCCAAUACAGAUUUGCAAAUAUA